AUGGGAGAUGCUCCUCUGCCUGUGUUGACCAUGCCAACAGCUCCUUACAGCGACCAGAAACCAGGAACCAGUGGAUUACGGAAGAAGACCUUUUAUUUUGAAUCCAAGAGGAACUAUUUGCAGAAUUUCAUCCAGAGUAUAUUUUCUUCCAUAGACCUAAGAGAUCGACAAGGAUCUUCUAUGGUAGUUGGAGGUGAUGGGAGAUACCUCAAUAAGUCUGCAGUGGAACUGAUAGUCCAAAUGGCCGCUGCCAGUGGGAUCGGCCGCUUGGUGAUCGGGCAGAACGGGAUCCUCUCCACCCCAGCUGUGUCCUGCAUCAUCAGGAAAAUCAAAGCCAUCGGUGGCAUCAUCCUGACUGCCAGCCACAACCCUGGUGGGCCUAAUGGGGAUUUUGGCAUUAAAUUCAAUACUGCCAAUGGAGGUCCUGCUCCUGAAGCUAUCACAGACAAAAUUUUCCAAAUCAGCAAGAACAUUGAAGAGUAUGCAAUCUGCCCAGACCUCAAGGUGGACCUAAGCACCAUUGGGAAACAGCAGUUUGACUUGGAGAACAAAUUUAAACCAUUUACAGUGGAAAUCGUGGACUCAGUAGAAGCUUAUGCAAAUAUGCUGAGGAACAUCUUUGACUUCAAUGCUUUAAAGGAGCUGCUGUCAGGGAAGAACCACCUCAAGAUUCGCAUAGAUGCUAUGCAUGGAGUUGUGGGCCCAUAUGUGAAGAAGAUCCUGUGUGAGGAGCUCGGAGCCCCAGCAAAUUCAGCAGUGAACUGCACCCCCCUAGAGGACUUUGGGGGCCACCAUCCUGACCCCAACUUAACCUAUGCUGCUGACCUGGUCCAGACCAUGAAGUCAGGAGAGUAUGACUUUGGAGCUGCCUUUGAUGGAGACGGGGAUCGCAACAUGAUUCUCGGGAAACACGGCUUCUUUGUCAACCCCUCCGACUCCGUCGCCGUCAUCGCUGCCAACAUCUUCAGUAUCCCCUACUUCCAGCAGACAGGAGUCCGUGGCUUUGCCCGCAGCAUGCCCACCAGUGGGGCCCUCGACAGGGUGGCCCAUGCGACAAAGAUCGCUUUGUAUGAAACUCCAACUGGCUGGAAGUUCUUUGGAAACUUGAUGGAUGCAAACAAACUGUCUCUGUGUGGAGAGGAGAGUUUUGGUACUGGCUCCGACCACAUCCGUGAGAAGGACGGGCUGUGGGCUGUCCUGGCUUGGCUGUCCAUACUAGCCACGCGCAAGCAGAGUGUGGAGGACAUCAUGAAGGAUCACUGGCAGAAGUAUGGCAGGAACUUCUUCACCAGAUACGACUAUGAAGAGGUGGAUGCAGAUGCUGCUAACAAAAUGAUGAAGGAUUUGGAGGCAACGAUGUUUGACCGCUCCUUCGUGGGGAAGCAGCUGUCCUGUGGUGACAAAGUCUACACGGUGGAGAAAGCAGAUAACUUUGAGUACAAUGAUCCCGUGGAUGGAAGUGUCUCCAGAAACCAGGGCUUGCGGCUCAUCUUCUCUGACGGCUCCCGCAUCAUCUUCCGGCUGAGCGGGACGGGCAGCGCCGGGGCCACUGUGCGCCUCUACAUCGACAGCUAUGAGAAGGAUGCUCAGAAGAUACAUGAGGACCCCCAGGUCAUGUUGGCUCCUCUCAUCUCCAUUGCACUGAAACUUUCCCAGCUUCACGAAAGAACCGGCCGCACUGGUCCCACUGUCAUAACAUAAAGGCUUGGUCAGACACCGUGCUGGAGUGCACCCCGGGUGAGGGAAGUCUGUCUCCCCUUCUAGUGUCACAUCUGUCACUAAAGGAAGAAUAUCAAUUUUAUUUCUGUAUUUAAGAACACUAUUGAACUGCUUGAGGAUAGACAAUAAAGCCCAGCCC